AUGGGGCGCGGAAACAACCUCAAUGCCGCGUACCUGAAGCGCAAUCGUAACAUUGGCAAAGGCAAGAAACAGAACAAGCGACCCGGUGGGGCAGGAGGCGGGUCACAUGCCGUCGCCAACGCUGGGAUUACUAGGCCUGGUGUGGGAGAGCCGAUCCGGACUCUGAUGGAGAGGAGACAACAGUGGAUCAGCACGAUUGGCCCGGUGGUCAACUAUGGCAAGACGGGGCUGCCCACGUCGACCAUUUUUGAUGAAGAGAAGAUGAAGGAACUGGAGAAUCGAGAGGUGGAGAUAUGGAACACGGAAGCGGAGGAAUAG